CGACACAGCUAUAUCAGACAUACAGUACGAAGGGGACAAGUUGUUUGUUGGGCGUGUUUUCAAAUCAAAGUCAGAUUGCAAGAUAAAGAUUGCCAUACAUGCUAUCAAUCGGAAGUUCCAUUUCAGGACAAGCCGGUCAACACCAAAAUUCAUGGUGCUCAAAUGUAUAUCGAAGUCAUGUCCGUGGUGUGUUUAUGCAGCUAAGAUUGAUUCUUCUGAUCAUUUCCAAGUACGCCAAGCAACUCAAAAACAUACCUGCACGGUUGAUGAGAGGAGGAGCUACCAUCGACUGGCAACCACACAAGUUAUUGGAGAGAUAAUGCAGAGCCAUUUCGUGGGCGUGAGGCGUGGUCCAAACGCGGCUGCAAUCCGCAAAAUUCUACUUGACGAGUACCAUAUCAACAUAUCUUACUGGAAAGCUUGGCGUGCAAGGGAGGUGGCAAUGGAGCUGUCAAUGGGUUCAAUGGCUGGUAGCUAUGCCCUUCUGCCCACAUAUAUUGGAUUACUACAGCAAACAAAUCCCGGGUCUGUCUGUUUCACUGAGCAUGUCGACGAGCCUGAUGGGGCAAUGCGAUUUAAAUACUAAUUCAUCGCAUAUGCAGCAUGCGUUAAAGGGUAUCAAUACAUGAGGAAAGUUGUGGUGGUUGAUGGAACUUCCAUGAAGGCUCGAUAUGGUGGUUGCCUCCUUACCGCAAGCUGUCAAGAUGGCAAUUUCCAAAUUUUUCCGCUUGCUUUCGCGGUAGUUGAUAGCGAGAACGAUGAUUCUUGGGAGUGGUUUUUCAGGAGCCUUUCUACAUUCGUACACGACACCACCGACUUAGUUUUCAUUUCAGAUCGACACAACAGCAUAUAUACUGGGUUGCGGAAGGUAUACACUGAGGCGCACCACUCAGCCUGUACGGUGCAUCUUUGGCGCAAUGUGCGCCAUCUAUACAAGCCCCAGUUGCUGGCUGGUCUAAUGUCUUCGGCAGCUAGAGCAUUUGUCAUUGAAGAUUUCAACAAAAAAUUCUUGGAAAUUCAACGAGUUAACCCUGGUUGUGCAGCUUAUCUAGUGGACAUUGGGUUCACACACUGGACCAGGGUUCAUUCGCAAGGGAAGAGGUACAAUAUCAUGGACAGUAACAUUGCAGAGUCAUGGAACCAAGUACUUAAAGAGGCCAGAGAAUAUCCCCUCAUUUGUAUGUUAGAAUACAUCAGGACGACAAUGAUGGAAUGGUUUGCUGUACGCCGAGCUAGGUCUGCACGUUCCGCUUCAGUAAUAGCUCCAAAGUGUCGUGAAAUUGUUGAGGAGAACUUCGAAAGUGCCAUGUCUAUGGCGGUUCGGCCUAUUAGUGACUUUGAGUUCCAAGUCCAGAUAAGGAGUGGAGAAUGCUUCACUGUUAAAUUGGUUGAAGGGACAUGCUCAUGCAACGAGUUUCAGUGUUUGAGCAUACCUUGUCCGCAUGCCAUAGCAGCCGCAACGCGUUUAGGUGUGUCUAUAGAUACAUUCGUUGACACAGCUUACUUUGAGGAGACUAUCCGCCACUCAUACGAAGAGAAGAUAUAUCCAAUUCCAUCUGUUGGUGGUCAUACUACGGCGGAUGCUGCAUCUGGAACCAGGGGUGACCUUAACCCACCACGUUCCCGCCGUCCACCAGGUAGACCCAAAAAAAUCAGGAUCUUGUCUAGAGGAGAGUUCAAGGUUUGUUUUAUUAGUGUGAAAACGUAGUUGUACUUAUCCCUUGCUGUGUUCCAUUAAUGCUAGACAAUCUCUAUUUAUGUUACGUUAAUGCAGCGUCCGCGCCCUAAAUCAACAAGGAGAUGUUCCCGUUGUUGCGGCACAGGGCACAACAAGGCAUCUUGCAAAAACGCCAUAUAAGUAGCUAUCUACAGCAAUGGGGUACGUAGUAUGUGCGGAGCGAUGGUCUUUUGGAUGUGUUCAUAAAUAAUGGAAGCAACCAGUGCAAUGAUGUAUAUAGUAUCGGUGACAGGGGCAAUUUUUGACUCAAAAUAAUUUGGUAUAUCCAAGGAUGGUGUAUACCACUUUAUUUUGAAGUAUAAGCACCUCUACUUCUGUUCAUAUAUUUGUAUCUGGUUGCUAAAUCGUCUAUGGUGUAUAUAGUGUUGUAAUGCUCACUGGCACAAUGGUUUGUUUUUUGUGU